UGCUGUUGUUUACAUCACAUGCGGGAAGGAUUUUUUUUUUUUUUUUUUUUAUUUCCCAGGACCGUACUGUAGAUAAGUACAUAGUAAAUAGCGGUCAGUAUUAGGACGUGGUAUGUUAAUUGAGACACGGUUCAGGUUGCUUUGUAAUCUCCGUUCCCAUGUCCAUUUACUUGUUGACCGUGUUUCCUAGUCGAGUCCUAGUGUUUUGAUGUUUUAAACAUCUGCCCUGCUAUUAUUAUUAUUAUUAUUAUUAUUAUUAUUAUUGGAUAGAAUUAUGGAUUUGCCCAUGCUUUCACUGACUGCCUGUUCCUUCACCCCUGAUAAGGACUGUAGCUAUGAUUUUUGUGGGGAAAAAAUAAAUAAUAAUAAAUGAAGUCGCUUUCUUGUUGCAUCCUGUUGCCUCUGGCACUCGUACCAUGCAGAAAUGCCAACCGCAUGAGGUCGAGCUAGGACAGUUCGGGAUAAAGACACGUCUCCAGUUUCCGUCACUGCUAAUGAGCUCGCACGUUAAUCUUUCUAACUGCAGAGCGUGUGUGUGUGUGUGUGUGUUGUAUGUGGAGCCGUUCCUUGCUUUAGUGUGCUUUGCAGCAACAUGUCGAAAUAGUCCUUUUAGAAGACAAGAAGACGGCCCACCUGUCCUCGUUUUUGUUUUUAAUAUCGCAAUCCUUCACAAGUAAGACUUCUGCAAGCUUCCACGGUCGGUGUUUAGGAGAUCAAAAAAGACUUUGUAUAACGUGUUAAGUGGGUAUGGAGGGUUGAUUUUUCUACAUGACGCGUGAAGCCACGGUGGGGAGGACGCAGGACGUGCUGAGGAAAAGAAAGCGAGGCUGGAGUGGAGAGCGCUCGGAAGAAGGAGAGAGAGGAAGUACGACGCGGGAAAUGAUUAUCGCGCCUUUUAAUUAAGCGAGUCGGGAACGUCCGAGUACAGGAAGCGCAGUGGCUCUGUAAGAGCGGAGCUCAAGAAUCUGAAGAAUGAGAGCGUGGAUGAGGGGAGAAAAAGAAAAGGGGGGAAAAAAAAAGAGAGUUAACAGAGUAAAGUGGUGUCUCAAAUCUGGUGCUUGAAAGUAUACUGUAUACAAAUGUAGGUAUUAUAUUAAACAUGGUGUGUGUGUGUGUGUGUGUGUGUGUGUGAGGAAUAAAAUAUUUACGGAAGGAGUCUCCAGUGUCAGUACUUUUGUUACAGUCAGACGUAAAGCUGUAGUUUUCCAACAUCUUCUGGACAGGUUUGUGGUUUCUCACGAACAUGACACGCUGCUGGUUUGUUUGUUUGUUUGUUUGUUUGUUUUUGUUUUUUUGUCUUAUCGGCUUUGAAGGAGGAAAAACGAGAGGCUUUUGAGGAAAUGUUUAUUGUUUAUUGCUGCUGUGACGUGAGCGAGAACUUGUUUUGCGGACGUUCCACAACGUGUAAAUGUAACUAUAUGUGGAUUUAAAAAGUAUGACGUGGCGUUCACAAAUGACUAAGAAUGUGUUGGGUGCGGUAUAAGAGGAGUAAAACGCUCGCUGUUAUUGGGGAAACGUAAUGAAGAUCCGGCUGUAUCACGCCACACCGCUGUGUGUUGGUUAUUUUUCCUAUACAGCACCACCCCCAAGUGAUUUCUCUACAGAACUUUCCACAAGCCCCUCCCAUUUCGUUUCCUCCGUACCUGAUCGGACGGCGUCGCGGAGGCCGCGUCCGGGAGGGUCGAUGAGCGGGAUGUUAAUUCUAAUAUUCGUAAUCAUUCAAGAUCCGAUGGACCAUUUGGUGCCGGGACGUUUUCACUGCCGCCCGUGCCUGAGAGGAAUCGCUAGCUAGCGUUGCGUCGUGUAAUGUUUUCGUUCAAUCAAAAAAAAAAAAGCCCUGCAUUUAUUUGACUUGAUUGUAUCUGCAAGUACACUUAAUUUCCCAUCAGGUUGCCUGUGAAGUUCCCAAAGUGCUAACAUGUGCAAACUUAGGUGGUGGAGGUUUACAGUGUUGUUUAUCGCACUACGUUUGUUCUUAUUUCUCAGUGUAAAUGCACGACACAUAGAAUAAUACAUACGUAGGUGAUGUGAGGGUGAGAGUGAGAGAGGGGUUCAUGUUACAGAGAACAUCUAGAGAGAACUGGCUCGGUCCCUCUGUGGAAGGAGAGCUGUUUGAGAACAAAUGACUCACAGCAGGCUCGUGUUUUCCCCACACACAUGGAGCAUGUGCACUGCAUUAUUAUUCUCUCUCUCAUGCUCUCUCGCUCUCUCUCUCGUGCGCUCUCGCUCUCUCGUGCUCACUCUUUCGUGCUUUCUCUCUCUCUCUCUGGGGCUCUGCUGUAAAGACAGCCUGUGCUGUGGUUGUGCUGGUUUGACAGUUUGGAGGAACAUAUGAAUGAAUCUAGGGACAGUAAUAAAAAUAAAAUAAUAAAAACACAUCCUACCGAGAUCCGCUCUUGAACAGAGCGCCGUUUUACCCCGUUCAGUUCAGAGAGGAAGCUGCGGUUGUACGUUGAUUGUUUUGCGUGUGUUGUAUAAAUUCGGGAAAGACGUCCAGAAAGACACGAUGCUGUUUUAAAACGGCGCGUCUCGUAUGGUAGCACUGACGGGGGGGGAAAUAAGGUCCAUAACGGGUCGAACUACUUUAAAAUACAUAAAUGUAAAAGUUGUUGUUGUUUUAAAUAAACAUCAAAUUGUUCAUGUUUCUUUAAGUUUGUCUUUUCUUUUUUCUGUACAGUUUAAGCAUGAUGAAUGCUACAAAACAUAUACGUGUUUUUUUUAUAAAACGAUCUUUUUAUUUGUACAACCCAAACUCUGAUACCCGAUUUAGUAUCUGCGAUUGGUCAGAAGCUGUCGAUUUAAUUAUCUAUGACGGCGGCUCCGAUAGACGUCACGGGUUUGUAUGAACGUCUCUGUAGUAACGGCUCGUACGGCGGACACGCCUCAUAAACGGACUCAAAUUUUGUGUAAGUGUCGAUUUACGCUGACGGAUUCUGUACGGAGAGACGUUUAUUCUAACGUCUCCAGCGUCGGUGCUUCGUCACAGUCAGAGGUGAAGCUGCAAGUUUGACGCUUUCUGACGUGUGGACGUUGAGAAGUACCUGUACGUGGAUAAAUCCCGUGUUCUUGAGUAAAUAAAACAUUUUAUUCGUUGGAUUAAAGGAAUAAAACCUUUCAGGGCGUGCAGUUAUAGGAGAAUUCUCAUCUUCAGGCUGGGAACGGUAACUCUACUGCAUCACACCACGCUGACACUGAUUACUUCCCAAUAACCGCAUGACACGGAGUGACUUUUAUUCCGUAAAUACACGAGGGCGUACACUUAUCUCGAGAGAUCUAUAAUAUAUUUAUUUAUUUUAUUAACAGCUGUGAGAGGUUUGGAGCUGGAUACAGUUCAGUCGACGGAUUGCAAAACGUUUGAGGUUAAUGGUGUCCAGUGGAGUGGGUCAACUAGUGUUAGUUUUCUAGAAAAUAAAUUCAAAUGAGUUUGGGAGAAGAAAAAAAAUUGGCUUUCCCGAGAGUGCACUCCUCCCAAGGAAAAAGAAAACCCGAUAAUAAAAUCAUGUCAAUUGGAAGAGAUCAGCUAUGCGUUUAGGAAUAUGCAGCCGUAUUGUGUGAGAGUGAGAGAAAAUACAGUAUUUGUCAUCAAGGCUAGUUUUCCAGCGCGUCUCCUGAGGCUCGGCGUGAUUGGACACUGAGAGACGAGAGAACAGAACAUUCUUCCCGGUUUUAAUUUACUCCAGUGAGAUCGCGUCCAUCUGUUGCAGGGCUUUUGUGGUUUUGGCGUCGGUGUUUGCCAGAUUUCAUGCUCCGGCCCAAGUCAAACUGCAUAACCCCCCGAUUCUGAUUAAUAACGCUAAGUCUCAUAAGCGGAGAUGCUCACGGUGUUCUCGUCAUGAACGCUUGGAGUUCUUUCCCACAGUUCUUUGCAUCGUGUCCUUGGAAUGAACAUUCUCAGCUCUCAGACCUCGUGAGAUGCGAUUGCGAUUCUUCUGCGUGGCGUGUCGAAGACAGUCGAUGAUUUUGAGCUAGAUCUGCACUGGCGGCUGGUGAGGAUGGUGAAAGUUUCCAGGUCCCAGGCAUCAUCGGAGAAGCAGGAGGCUCUGCUGGAGAACGUGACGCGUCUGGGAGAUCGCUCCGAAGCUCUGCGGGAGUCUCUCGGCCAGCUGCCUUCCCAGAGCGACCUGCUGGAGAACAUCUGGAAGCUGGAGCGCCUCUUCCACAACCACAGCGAAGAGCUGAGGCAGCUAGGACGCCUGGUGCAGGGUCUGGAGCGGGACAUCCAGGACCUGCAGGUAUUUAGCGAACACGCCACGGGCUCUAUGGCCCAGAUGGAGGAGCAGGUGGGAAGCAGCCAGAGAAACAACAGCGCACUAAGAGCAGCUCUGGCCCGAGCCGCCGCCUCCAUCCACGGUCAGGAUGCCGCGCUGCAUGACACGGUGGGUCGAGUGGACGUCCUUCGCCAGAAACUGGACGAGGUGGACUGGACCGUGGGCUCCAUCAACCACUCGCUCAGCAGCCACGUCAGCACCCAGCGGCUGCAGAUGGAGCUGCUUCAGGUGCAACUGGGCAACGUGACCCAGGACGCCAGGAGUACCAGGAUCACGCAGAUCCAUCUGGAGGAGCAGAUGAGGAACGAGCUCGAGAUUCUCAACGUCAUCACCGAGGAUCUGAGGCUCAAAGACUGGGAACACUCCAUGGCCCUGAAGAACAUUACAGUCAUCGAAGGCCCUCCAGGACCAAAAGGUGAGAAGGGAGACGUGGGGCCUUUAGGACCUGCUGGAAUCCCUGGCCUGCCGGGCUUUAGAGGUGUGCCAGGAGAAAUGGGCAUCCAGGGGCCACGAGGACUUUCUGGCACCAAUGGAGUCGAUGGCCAAAUUGGGGAGAAAGGAGAUACUGGACCAAUGGGACCCAAAGGCCAGAGAGGAGAACGGGGAUUCAAAGGAGAGAAGGGGGACCGUGGGGACCAAGGAGGUAAGACAGUCCAGAACGUUCUGGUGCGUUUGAUGAACGGCUCAGCAGCACACGAAGGCCGGGUGGAGGUGUAUCACGAGGGCCGCUGGGGGACGGUGUGCGACGACGUGUGGGAUAAGAAGGACGGAGACGUGGUGUGUAGGAUGCUGGGAUUCCACGGCGCACAAGAGAUCCACAAAACCGGGCGAUUCGGACAAGGUACGGGUCUGAUCUGGAUGGACGACGUGGCGUGUAUCGGCACCGAGGACACCAUCCACCAGUGCAAGUUCUCCGGCUGGGGCAAAACCAACUGCGGACACGUUGAGGACGCCGGCGUGACGUGCAGCACUUAACCCCCCUCCCCCCUUCCAAAGACAUUUCGCUGAAUGGACAGCUUUACAUUCAGGACUGCGGCGCAGCGGCUGAGAGAGUUACGCUGAAGACGUCCUCCCUCCACCGUCAAAAGACAAGAGGCUCCGUUUGGGCCUCGUUUUCAGCAGGGUGGUGUUGGGGAUUAGUCCAGCUUCCACAGAGCUAACAGGGACUGAUGUCGGGACAAAUUUACAUCCUAAAGCCUGUUGUUUUUACUUAUAGGGGAACUUUGUUUUAAAAAAAAAAAAAAAAAAAAAAAAAAGUGUAAUAGAUUUUAUAGUAGCGCAUUUUUAUUACCGUCAUCUUUUCCUAGUGACCUCAUUCUGACGAAGCACCGCCAAAUCCGCUCCUCCGCUUAAACAGCUGUAGGCUGGGAACAGGAAGUGUGUAUGAACUGCAGCAGUAUUAACAGAUAGAGUAUCUGUACCGUAUGCCAUAAAGGGACGAGAUUCACGCGGCUUUACUUGAAGUUCAGUACUAUGUGCCUUCUGAUAUUUCCUAGACAGUAUUCACUCAUCAUCAUCUCUCUCUCACACACACACACACACACCCCUCUACUUCUCAAGUGUCUUCACUGAAACACGAGUAACCUGAUUCAGUGUCGAGUGCAGAGUUUAUAGCAGGGAGGAAAUUUCUGGAAGCCUGCACGGUUUCGUGCCAGAUCCCUUCUCGCGCGAUCGGUCGCACGAAGUAGGAUUGGAACGAAACUGCUCAGGAGGGCACAUCUCCAGGCUUAGGAAGGGGAAAAACAAGCAACAACAGUACGUGUAGUGAACAUCGCACGCUCACUUAAAAGAUGACGCCUUCAGCACGUCCUCAACUUCUUUAAAAAGCGGA